UUCCAAUCACGGUCCUCGAGGUCCGAGUGCUGUUCAUCUUCCAGUCGUCCUUUACCUAUGAGCCAAGUGUGAAGCCAAUCAUAACCAGUAAUUAUUAAACUAACUAACUGGGAGAACUGAAAACACGGCCUGGAUUCGGACUCUAGGGCCAGAUUUGAAGAGCCCUGGUUUAGAGGUUACGGACAAAUCUGGAGCAGCUAUGAUGUCUCCGUCUCGUACCUCAGGCUGUACAGAACUGGUUCAUUGAACAGACACCCACCAAGCAACAGAGCGUCUGUCCAACUGGGUGAUUCAGAACGAAGGAUUUCAGUUUCAGUCACAUAACAGUCGUUCCUGGGGUCUCAUUAGAAUCAUUAGAAUGUGACUAUUUAUCUUUUUUAGUUUCCUCUCACUCCAAAGACAUGUAAUAUUAUUUUUCUCCUUCCUGUUACCUUAGGAACUGUUAAUGCAUCUGGAAAACUCUCAAAACAAGAACCCAAACAAAGAAACUUUAAAGAAUUAGUUCUUUAGUCCUCCUUAGUUUGCUUCAAAGCCCAUUAACUAGAUCCAGCUCGGCUGUCAGACCCCAAGACACACAUGUACACAAAGCCUACCACCCCCUGCCUGUCCUGAUUGGCUGCGGGGAGAGCAGUGGGAGGAGCCAGAUGCGAGAGUGACGAAGCACAUCCCAUAAAGCCCAAGGCCGGCUGAGCUCGCCUACCGAGCUGGGGGGAUGAGCAUUCACAAGGAGGUGUUCCGGGGCUGCUUGUGGAUUGGUGGGGAGCUUAGCAGGGGGUGUAUAGUGGGGGGUCAGGGGAGCAGGUAGAAAGCCUCCCCAGAGGUAGGGCAGGGGGAGCAGCAGCUUGUGUUCAGUUGCACUAUGCCCAGGCACCAUCUGCUCCCACGUGGAGAAGAGAAGCCCUGGUAGAGGCAUCUCCUGGACUGAAUAUCAAGAAGAAGAUCGUGGCAAAAAAGCUUAGCCUUGAUCUGGAAGAUGAAUGUCUCUCAUCAAGGGCCCAUCCAUCCCAGGAACCUGAGUUUGGGUACCUCCAGCAAUGAAUCCACCGGAGGAAAGGGCCCCUCGUCCUCCGGCUGCUAUGAGCAGCUCCUGAUCUCCACAGAGGUCUUCUUGACCCUGGGCAUCAUCAGCCUGCUGGAGAACAUCUUGGUGGUCACCGCCAUCGUCAAAAACAAGAACCUGCACUCGCCCAUGUACCUGUUCAUCUGCAGCUUGGCUGUGGCGGACAUGCUGGUCAGUGUCUCCAAUGCCACGGAGACCAUCGUCAUAGCACUGAUCACCAACGACGAGCUGAACAUCCGCGUCAGCCUCAUCAAGAGCAUCGACAACGUAUUCGACUCCAUGAUCUGCAGCUCGCUGCUGGCUUCCAUCUGCAGCCUGCUGGCCAUCGCCGUGGAUCGCUACGUCACCAUCUUCUACGCGCUGCGCUACCACAACAUCGUGACGGUGCGGAGGGCGGCGGCCAUCAUCACCUGCAUUUGGGCGUGCUGCACGGUGUCGGGGGUGCUCUUCAUCGUCUACUCGGAGAGCACCACCGUGCUCAUCCUCCUCAUCACCAUGUUCUUCGCCAUGCUGGCCCUAAUGGCGUCCCUCUACGUGCACAUGUUUCUCUUGGCACGUCUGCACAUGAAGCGCAUCGCCGCCUUGCCAGGCAGCGCCCCCGUGUGGCAGGCGGCCAACAUGAAGGGCGCCAUCACUCUCACCAUCCUGCUGGGCGUCUUCGUGGUGUGCUGGGCCCCCUUCUUCCUUCACCUCAUCCUGAUGAUCUCCUGCCCGCGGAACCCCUACUGCGUCUGCUUCAUGUCGCACUUCAACAUGUACCUCAUCCUCAUCAUGUGCAACUCCGUCAUCGACCCCAUCAUCUACGCCUUUCGCAGCCAAGAGAUGAGGAAGACCUUCAAGGAGAUCUUCUGCUGCUGGUACGGCCUCACCAGUUCCUGCAUCUGCGAAAUGCCCAGUGGCUGACGGUGCUUCAAAGAGAAACGACAACAUUCGCUUUUGACGCCUUAUGCCCAGUUUAACGUUCCCCUCACUUCUCGAUAACGCGGUAGUUUGUGUCGCCUUCCCUCCUCAGGAGGUAGGUCGGCUGAUGGAAAGACAGACUAUUUCCGGUGGAUGUGCUUUCUAAUUUAAAAAAAAAUGCAUUCUGUGUCACGCAGAACAGCCUGGCUGCAGCUAUGACAUGUAUUAAAAACAUCCAUUUGGAUGCGGUCGAAGAGGAAAGAAAACCGAACAUGUCAAAAUGUUCAGCUUUAUUUACGAGGACAAAGCGCAAACGGAAUAAUUUGGCACAAAUAUAUGGUGACGCACUUUAUAGGACAAACACGCAUACCGAUAGGUGUAUGGAUCGGAAAACUAUAAAAAUGAAAUGUUUGCAUGGCCGCUUUUGUGUUUCAUCGCACAGUUUAUGGCUGAAACGAACAAAUUAUCAAUUUCUGUAAACAUGAAACACGUAUAAAUAGUUAUGCGAUCCGAAUGUGGCAGCUUCUGGUUUCCCGGUGUCCGCGUAAAGUUGCGCGUUUGCGGAUCUGUGUGCGCUUUCCGUGUGACCUGAGCGCGGAAAUUCUCCGGCCGGCUUCCCUGUCCCUGUCAUUCCUGUGUAUGUAGUGUUAUCAGGCUGCUUGUUGUCCUUAUCCUGUGAAAUAACGAGCUUUCAUUAUCGAUGUCGGAGUGGGUAUAGUUUUAAUAAAUAUGAUUUGUCUUUUU